CGUGCACUAUGUACACUUAUCUAGGCAACGAGCACCGUCUUUGGACCCCGCAAACCCCUCUGAGCACCGACCAUGGUUGCGACGCUAGCAGAUAGGAAAAACCCGCAUGACGCACGCCACAGGCCAUGUCCAUACACGGAAGGCAGGUAAGUCCAAUGGCUAUUUUAUCGUUUUCAAUCGCGCUCUCUUUCUUCUACUCGUAUUCUCCUACCGUAUAGCGACAUUCAAUAUCAAUAUCGUCGCUUGGAAACAUGCUGCUUCUCGUCCCAUUGUUCGCCGCGCUCGGGCUCUCGCAGUUCGUGCCGGCUCCCACGGAUCUGACCAAUGCGACUGGAUACAUGGGCGUCCCAGUGCGCUACAAACAAGUACCGGACGGCAUCUGCGAGCUUACGCCCAACGUGAAGUCCUACUCGGGCUACGUAGACAUUGCUGAAGAUGCACACAUCUUCUUUUAUUUCUUCGAGACUAGGAACGGCGAUCCAACUACUGCACCUCUCUCAGUCUGGAUCAAUGGCGGUCCGGGCUCUUCGUCAAUGCUCGGACUGUUUGAUGAGAACGGGCCGUGUCGUAUCAACGACAAUCUGGAGGUCGUCAACAACCCUUACUCCUGGAACAACGUCUCCAACAUGAUCUACAUCGACCAACCCUCGACAACCGGCUUCUCCUACUCCAUCCCAGUCCCCGGCUAUUACUCCGGGAUCAAACAGCAAUACGCCGCCAGUGUCCAACUGCCGAAUAACAGCAGCUGUCCGGAUUACGCCGAGGAUACCUGCGGCACGUACUCGCAGUAUCUGAUCUCGAGCCUCACCAAUUCGACCGACAGCUCUGCGAACAACUUUUGGCUGGUCUUGCAAGGCUUCAUGGGUGCUUUCCCCCAGUACUCCCGCGGAUCUUUCCAUUUCACGACAGAGUCUUACGGUGGUCAUUAUGCGCCUGUGUAUAAUGAGUACUUCCUCAACCAAAACCAACUCAUCAAGUCCGGCAAGCUUUCGGGUGCUCAUGAGAUCAAUCUCAAGUCUGUCAUGAUUGGAAAUGGGUGGUACGAUCCCCUCAUCCAGUACGCGGCCUACUACAACUACAGCGUGUCACCGGGAAACCCUUACGACCUGGUGCCAUUCUCUAAGAAAAUCCAGGAAAAGAUGUACAAUUCGAUGUACGGUCCUGGUAACUGCUACGAUCAAACGCUCGAAUGCUACAACACCGGAUCAGACGACGUGUGCUCGGCGUCCGACAACUUCUGUGCUUACGAAGUGGAGGAAGUCCUGGACAUUUACGGCAAGCGGAACGAGUACGACAUCCGCGAACUUCUAGCCGACCCUUUCCCUCCAUACUUCUUCCAAAGCUACUUGAACCUCCCCAAGGUACAAAAAGCUCUCGGGGCCUUUGUCAACUUCUCAGCGGAUUCCAACCUUGUUAGCGCCGCCUUCGGGACCACAGGCGACGACGACCGCACGCAAAACUCGCCGGUCGAUGUCAAGAGUCUCAUCGAUGCUGGAAUCUACAUGGCUAUGUAUAAUGGUGAUGCAGACUACAAUUGCAAUUGGCUCGGCAAUCAAGUUGUGGCCGACAACUGCAAUGCCUCGGGCUGGUCGAAUGCUGGCUUCGAGAACAUCAGCACGCCCGACGGCGUCUGGCAUGGUCAGGUGAAGCAGAGCAACAACUUCGCCUUUGCGCGUAUCUUCGAAUCGGGGCACGAGGUUCCGUUUUACCAGCCUGAGGUUGCGUUGGCCCUGUUUGAGCGCGUCAUCAAUGGUAUGGACAUCGCGAAGGGGACCACGAACGUGACGAUGGGAGGGAACUACACUACUACUGGCCCGGCGCUGAGCACGUACAAGGAGGGCAACGCUACUGUGCAGUACAAGAAAUUGCCGACGAAUGCGACUUACAACACGACGACAAACGAGCCGAAUCCGACGAGGAAGACUAAACAUAGGAAGAGGAUGGCGAGAAAUCUUCCCAUCUACUAGAUAUGGUUAAUUAGUUGGACAUGUGAUGGAGGGAAUGCAGCGAUAUACAGGAAAUGUAGUGCAAUGUAUAAUUGCUAAUCGGCAGCCUUGGUGUGAAUGAC